AUGGAUGUGACGACCCUUGUCAACACCAGCAACAAAGGCCCAUCUGGUAAAAAGAAAGGGAGGUCGAAGAAAGCCCACGUGUUGGCUGCGUCUGUAGAGCAAGCCACUCAGAAUUUUCUGGAAAAGGGGGAACAGAUUGCUAAGGAGAGUCAAGAUCUCAAAGAAGAAUUGGUCGCCGCUGUAGAAGAUGUCCGCAAGCAAGGUGAGACCAUGCGCAUCGCCUCCUCGGAGUUUGCUGACGACCCGUGCUCAUCCGUGAAGCGUGGCACGAUGGUGCGGGCGGCCAGGGCGUUGCUCUCGGCUGUGACGCGCUUACUCAUCCUGGCCGACAUGGCGGACGUCAUGAGACUUUUAUCGCAUCUGAAAAUUGUACGUAUGUAG